CGGCUUCAUUUAUGUUGUUGAUUUCCUUCAUUCUGUUUCUUUUCAUCCAUAUUUAUCUCGCCGCCGGACGGAAGAUUAGCUGCCGAGCACACAAGACAGUUUUCUUUCGCUUUUUGCCAUUUCUUUUUUCUCUUUCUUGUUUCUUUAUAUGUGGUAUCAGCGGUUAAAUCUUAAUGGAAAGUGCUUCGUUGAGAAAGACGUUGACACAGAUGCAAUGGCAGGCCGGCGCACUCUGUCGAUGGUCUUUUGAAAUGAGUAUCAAUACUUUAAGAAGUAUUGAGAAGAAGCGCGCAAAAGAGGAGGACUAUAAAGGAAAAGGAGGGAAUGGUGGAG